AUGGACAAGAAGAUUCUAAAUGUUGAAGUCAUGAAACGUAUAGCCAGGGCCUUAUUCCACUCUUAUGUGAGGGGAUUUUUAAAUAUAGAGAAGGUACCAUGUCUCAGUGACAACUAUGCAUAUCUUUUACAUGAUGUGGACACAGGCACAGUUGGAGUUGUUGAUCCUUCAGAAGCUGUGCCAAUUAUUGAUGCUUUAAGUAGGAAAAACCGGAAUUUGACUUAUAUAUUGAAUACCCACCACCAUCAUGAUCACACUGGUGGGAAUGCAGAGUUAAAAGCAAGGUUUGGCGCAAAGGUGAUUGGUUCAGGAAUAGACAAGGAUAGGAUUCCUGGAAUUGAUAUAGUGCUAAAUGAUGGGGACAAGUGGAUGUUUGCUGGUCAUGAGGUGCAUGUCAUCAAAACUCCUGGUCAUACCCGAGGCCAUAUUAGCUUCUAUUUCCCUGGUUCUGGAGCCAUAUUUACUGGAGAUACUUUAUUCAGCUUGUCAUGCGGCAAGCUUUUUGAAGGAACCGCAGAGCAGAUGCUUUUGUCCCUUCAGAGGAUCAUGUCUCUGCCUGAUGAUACAAAUAUAUAUUGCGGUCAUGAAUAUACUUUGAGUAAUUCAAAAUUUGCAUUAUCUAUAGAGCCCAAGAAUGAGUUGCUCCAGGCUUAUGCCGCCCAUGUAGCCCACCAGCGCAGCAAGGGAUUGCCUACGGGCCUUUUUAGAGGUUUAAUUGUCAAAAUUGUGCUGAUUCCAACUACACUAAAGAUGGAGAAGGCAUGCAAUCCAUUUCUUCGCACAUCUAGUGCUGAGAUCAGGCAGGCAUUAGGUAUUUCAGACACCGCGAGUGAGGCAGAAGCCUUGGGUGUUAUCCGGCGAGCAAAAGAUAAUUUCUAG